CACCACAACCUCAAUUACACUUCAUCUUCAUCCCUUCCAUAUCUCUCCUAAUAUCUCAAUCAUAAUCCUUAUUUUUUCAUUCAUCAUAACCUACAAAACAUACCAAAAUCCUAAAAAAAAAAAAAAAGAAAAAAUCAUUUUAAUCAUCUGAUAAUCUAAAGUGCUAAAAAUGGCUUCAAUGAACUCUAGUGUUCUAGCAUGCAGUUACGCAAUUUCUGGGGCAAAUGGGUUGGAGCUCAGCUCAAAGGCAUCUUCAGUGUCUUGUAUGCUUCCUUGUGUUGAGAAAAUGCCCAUCAUCAAAGCACAGGCAACUAACUCUAAGGAAGACAAAGCUAUUGAAGGAAGAAGAGCCGCAGUUUUCGGAUUGGCUGCCGCCCUUGUUGCUACUUCCAUAUCUUCCUCCGCUAAUGCUGGAGUCAUUGAAGAUUACCUUGAGAAAAGCCAAGCCAACAAGGAAUUGAAUGAUAAGAAGAGGUUGGCGACAAGUGGGGCCAACUUUGCAAGAGCAUACACAGUUCAAUUUGGAACCUGCAAAUUCCCACAAAAUUUCACUGGCUGCCAAGAUCUUGCUAAACAACAGAAAGUACCCUUCAUUUCUGAUGACAUUGAGAUCGAAUGCGAAGGCAAAGACAAAUACAAGUGUGGUUCCAAUGUUUUCUGGAAAUGGUGAAAUGUAUAAAGCCCUCAAAUUCAUUAUGCCUUCUUGUUCAAAUAUUUAAUUAGUCUCAGUCUCAUGUAUGUUGUACUUAUUAUUAUUAUUAUUAUUAUUAUUAUUAUUAUUAUUA